UGACUAGUUCAUCGCUGCUACUAAUGCAUUGUUUUCUAUCAAUUUUUCUAUCGGUGUAAAAAAUUUUCAUUUGUCUUUUAACAUUUCAACAAUUUACUCACCGACAAACAAGUUCAACGGUAUUAUGUAUUUUUUGGGAAGUGAACAAACAUAGAAUUGCUUGCAUCUGAAAAUAAAUUAUUACGUCUGUGACUUGUUAUACCGUGCUAAUACUCGAUUGAGAAAAAGGCUGCAAAAUCCAGGGAUCACAAUUUUAAUCGUACAGCCUCUACAAAAAAGUAUGGCCUCAACUUUGCAGCUGGAAUUCUCGCAGGCCAUGUCUGAUUUCAAAACAAUGUUCCCAGACAUGGAUCGCGAAGUUAUUGAGGCUGUGUUGCGUGCUAAUCAGGGUGCAGUGGAUGCCACCAUCGAUCAGCUGUUAGCAAUGUCCACUGAUAACCAGAAUGAAAAGCUGCGGAAUGAAUUGGAUGCAAACACAUCGCCACAACGCAGUCUAAUCAAUCUGUAUGGCACAGAUAAGCAACCUGCAACCGCGCAACUAAUUGACACUACUGAUGGCGGCGACGCGGCAGUACCGAACAAUCAGCAAACUGCAGCUGCUGCGGCCAAUGCAGUGCUGUUGAAUCUCAGUGGCAGUAACGGUGUGAAUACAUCAUCCAAUCACAAUACAGGGGCAUCACCCAAACAACGAUUGGUUAGUACCAUGUCCAAGUCGUCAACUAGUGCAACCCCAAAACGAAACGUGCAUCACGGUACUCAACGUUGGAAUCCACCUAUGCUCGGUCCACUCCCGCCAGGUUUUCUACGCAUCACACCUACUGCUCAGAAUGGGGUGGCUCGUGACUUUGACUUGCCGGACGAACAGUUUGCAUUGAUGUUGCAAAAUGAGGAAUUCAUGAAUCAAUUGCGAUGGAAUCAGGAAUUUAUGAAUGCGUUGGAAAAAGAGCAAAGCGGCAAAGCUAAAGGUGAGGAUGAUGCAGCAUUCAAAGAGCGACUAAAGCACAUGGGCAAGGUAUCACGAAAGAAAUUUCUACAAAUGGCGCGUGUUUUUACGUGGCAGCGUAAUAAAAAAACAACAACAGCCAAACAAAUUGACUCGCUGCCAUUGAAGGAAGAGCCCAGCGACGAUGAGGAUCACCAUCAGCAACAGCGUAAGUAAAGCGUUAGUUGGAAAAGCAGAAUAAUUUUUGUUUUAAUUUGAUAUGUAAGUGAGUUAGUUUUAAGUUAAUAGUUGUUGGAACAUAAUAUUGUACGAGUUUACGCUUCAAUUUCGUUGUUAUUCAUCUUUUAAGAUUAUUUUAUUUUAUUUAUUUUUUUUUUUAAUGCCGAUAAGCAUGUUUAUUUAUAUAUUUAGGUGUGGUUGUUUAUAAACGCGAAAUGGAAGAUUUUCAAAAGUAUGCCAAAGCUUUGAAAACUAUAAAUUUUAUCUUAAGUUUACUUAGUAGUUAUCAGAAAAUGUUAAGAGUAUGUUAAAACGAGUGAAUUGCAAAAAUGAAUGUAGAAAUGAGAAGUGCAAUAAACGGUACAGCUUGAGGAAACGGUGCUUGAAAAUUUACAAAGACAUACCUUGGCUUAGAAAUUUAGUUGUGUAUAGCCUAAUAAGCAGUUGUUAUUUAUCUGAAACGCGGUAUAUUAUGUGAUUAAAACAAAAAAAAAAAAAUUUAAAUUUUGGACUGAGCUAAAAUUUGCAAAUGUGGCAAUGAUUAUAUUUUCGUUAUAAUUUUAAAAUUAGGUAUACGAUAUACAUUUUAAUUUUAUUAGCUAUUUGUCGAGAUUUUUGGACAAUAACCAUUAUUAAGUUUAGACUUAAGCUGCCGUUGUUAUUUUUGUAACAGCAUUAAACAUUCCCCUUACAUUUUUGAGAAAUGCUGCUGAAAUGGCAGUCCUUGGUCGGAUAUACAUAAAUCCGGGACGUUCCGGUAACAUAGAACCGACUGCCGGGGGAACGGUAAAACUGUCAUCGUGUAGCUUGCUGUUACAUAUUUUAAACGGCAUGGGUGCAAGCAUGGCCACGAAUGCUUCCUUAUAGUCAAAUACGAAUCUCAGUGCAAUGUUAGUUAGUUUAUCAACACAAAUACCGGCUUCUCCCUAAUGUCAUGCUUGCAUCUAUUGGGAUUUGUUUUUACCUAAAAAUACUUGACAGAACUGAAUAUAUACACAAUUUGUUAGAAUAUCAGCACCAAGGCCAUAUGUAUUUCACAAAAUUCACCUGCAAAUAUGAACGAAGCGAAACUAUUAUAAAGAACUUAAAAUGUGAAAAGUAAAGAAUAUGUUUAAAAAGCUAGUAUGAAAUUCUUAGAAAAAACCAUAAAAUCUUAACAAUAUGCAAGUCGAAUAAUGAAAGUAAAAAAACGAACUCUUGCAAGGAUGCGCAUAGAAUUACCAGACAUUUGGUUUAUUCGUGUUGGUUUAGGUGAAAAAUGUUUUCAAUAUUAAUUUUUUAUCAAGACGUUAAUUCUUCUAACCUAAUUUGGGUAUAAUGCAAAUGUAAACACAUAUAAGUACAUAUAUGAAAAUAACUAAAAUGCUAAUUAAACAAUGAUAUUGUAGAUUGGAUAGUCCUUAAAACAUCUCUAGGCACAGUUAAAUUUAUAACAUGAAAACUAUGUAUAUUGUAUCAUAUUUUCCGUCAA